GCGCGCGCAGGCUCGGACUGUGUUUGUGCGUGUGAGUGAGAGCGCGUGCGAGUGUGUGUGUGUGUGUGCGCGCGUUCAUCAUGCAAGAGAACCCUGACGGUGAAGCGCGCGCGGUGUGUGCGUGAGGAUCAAACGGCUGAGGCACAUGGACUGCGCGCGAGAUCACUAAGAGGCGCACUGCGGGGAAAUCAGGUGGCGUAAUGUCGAGCGGCCGUGAGUCGGUGGGGGAUUUGAUUCCCAAGGACAUGCUGGAGGUUUUUGCCCAGGAGCGACAGAGUAAGCGGGGCAAGCGAUCACGGAAGCGACACUCUAUUGGCCGAGCGUUCAGCUGGUUCAAAGGUCGCCGCAGGAAAAACUUUCGUCCAAACAAAGACAUAAACAUCGACCUGCUCACACCUGGAUUACCUGUGCCCCUCCCACUGCCUUCAACCAUCACAGUCCCUAAAGUUGAAGGUGGGACAUCAUGUCCUCUACAGCACUUCCAAGAGAAUGUGUUUGUUGAGGGAAAUCGACCAAAGUAUGUAGAGGAUCUGCACACAGAGGCUCAGGAAGGUCUGAAACUCCUGCAGCAAGAUGAAAACAAAAAUGGCGUGGACUAUCAGGACAACCAGAGCGUCAUUUCAACAGUGACGGCUCGUACAGACGACGAUGUGAGCUUCAGUGAGCUGGGGAUGUCCGAGUCUGAGAGUACUGCUGCUGAUACGAUCUCCACACGCUCUGUCACUUCCUAUCAGUCUACACGUUCUGGACUGACACGCCAAGCCUCCACCUUCAGGCCACUAAAAGAGGACAGGAAACAUGGGAGGAACAAACAGAAGGGGAAAAGGGUGGGUUUGGCCACAGGAAUACCAAGACAUGUGCAGAAGGAACUGGGGCUUGACCGAGCCGCAUGGACAGCAUCCCAGUUCACUAAUGCUCAGCUUUCCAAUGGAGGUGUAAGCAUUUCCACCGUCAUUCCUACUCUAGACAGCAUAUCAGUCGCCUCUGUUCCAGAUGGUGCCAUAAUGCACCUUCUGAACAUGAACAGUCUUUCGGCUGCAGCAGAGGAUAAACCACAGCUUCCUCCACAGGAGGGACAGCAGGGUGACCUGUCUUCACUCGGGCACCCGUUAGCCCAGUCGUUUGAUCCACAAAAUCCAAAUUCACUAACCUUUCCCUGGAUGACCACAUCGAACAACUCUCCAUCCAGUCCAGUGAUGUACGUUUCCCCUGAGGCCACAUACAAGUCCAAGAUUAUCCCAAACGCCAUACUGCCUCCGUCUGUGGACGUGGUUGAACUCAGCCGCAAUAGAAGUCGCAGUAGUGUGCGCAUGGUGAGCAAGAGCAGCCUGGCAUCAGCCAGCCCAGCUCCAUCAAGAGCCUCAUCGCGGGCAUCAUCGCGUGUCUCCUCACGAGCUCCAUCACAGAUGUCCUCACGGAUAUCUUCUCGGGCUUCCACCCAUCGGACUGCCACCCUCUCGGAGUGCUCUGGGUGGAGUCAGUCAGGAUCAUCCGAGACACUGGUCUCAGAUUCUUCCACCAUUUCUAGUAGCAGCACUCCUCGGGUGGCCAGCAGGACAAGUCAGACAGAGGACACAGCUGGAGAUAAUCUUGGUCCCCAAAAUCCCACUUUUAAGUUUGUUCAGUUAAAUAGCAACAAUCAAAAAGAGAAAACCUGGACAAAAACAGGAUCCACAGAUGGUUUUAAUCGCAGUCUAUCAGUGAUGAAAAAGAGCAAGAAACCACCACCUCCACCAAGUCGUUCAUACUCGCUACAUUCCCGCACAUAUGCAAGAACAACUGCUGAAAAAAAAAUGAUGGAGAACACGUCCCAAAAAUUUGAAUCACCCUACUAUAUAAGUCAAAAUGGCGGCAGCACCAGCCAGAGAGCAGUGUUAGCAGAGCUACAGUUAAAGAAAGGCCUCCAGGCAUACACAGGCAACAUGUCCUAUUCACACACUAACGGAGGGAAUCACCAGAAUCAUCUCAAGCAUUUCCUUCCGUCUAUCAAGAGUCUGACUGCUAAUGGUGUGGUUGCUUCACCAACUGUGAUGACACUUAUGGCGCUCCUCGAUGUUCCAGAUCCUCCAAAAGUUCUAGCUCCACCACCACCUCCUCCCGAGACGUGGACACACAAUCAGCGAACCUUCGAACUACUGUGUGGACCUGGACCUGUCAACUUUGAGCACUGGGCCCAAAAGAAAGGUUUGAAGAUUGAAGUGCCAACCCAGGUGUUAAAAGGGAAAACAUUAGCAACAAGUCAAGCAACAGAUGUAAUGAAGGAAAAUAUAGUAGCGCCUAAAAUGCAAACUCAACAAGCCAUAGUGUCAGACAUUCUAUAUAGGACAACUCUUACAAAGACUUCCAUUGAUGUUCAGCCUCCUGGUGGCAACACUAUGCUAUUACCUGGACUUACCCAUGUCCAUCUGACCCCAUCUCCUUCACCACCUCCUGAACAUAUACCUCCCCUGCCCCCAACUGACCCAGUUAAACAUCAGAAAGAAGAUGCACCUGCCCAGCUACAAGGACCAUUUGAUGAGCUCAUAUGUCCCCCUCCACACCCUUUAUUUCCACCACCUCCACCUCCUACAAAUGUACAGCCUCCACAUUCACAAGAUGGACAGGAUGAAACAGACUUUCAAUCUGUUGAUAUGCCACCUUCUCUUAGGUAUUUAUUUCACGUGCCCCCACCGCUACUUUAUGUGGCCUCUUCACCAUCAGAGGAAACUGCAUCUUCUCAAGCCCAGAAAAUACCACCUCCACCUCAAAUGAUUCCACCUGCACCACCCAUGAUCCUGCCUCCUCCACCAGGAAUUCCACCUCCUCCACCAGCAAUGCCACCAUCUCCAACAUCAAGAACUCCUCCUCCUCCACCACUGAUGCCUGCUUUUCUUAAGGCUCCUACUCCUCCAAAGCAAACCCCACCAGAUGUAUACUCAAAACAAGCUCAAAUCACUUCUUCACCAUCUAAUAUUCCUACACCACCACCGUUACCCACAGAUCUCAAAAAAGAAGUCAAAACCAUCACAGCUCUCCAACAGGAGAAAGAGUCGCCCCCGCCGACCUCCCACGCUGUUACAUCUACACAGGAAAGUCCUACCCCAAUGGUCACACCGUCCUUAUUACAGACUGUACGUCUCAGGUCAAUCAGGUCCAAUGUGAGCCAAGUUGAAACCCCUAGUGGACUUCCAAAACCAAAAGGUCAGACAAAACAAGAGGCACCCCAAAAACCAAUUAGAAGAUCCCUGAUUUUGCUUACACCUGAUCUUCCCUCACAACUGGAUUCAGAUCAAAAGGAAGAGAUUCUGCCUGCUACCACUGUACUGGAGAACUCUGGCACUACUCCAUCCUCAGACACCCAACCUGAAGUUGAACCAGAGGUACUCUUUGAAAGGGCUGAGGAGGUUUUGCUGGAUGUAAAACUUGAACUCAACAGCCAAGUCAGCAUCACAGACCAAAAAACUCAACAAGCUUGUGCUGAACCAAUUGAAGAGUCUAUGUCUGCAGAGUCAGGACCCCAAGUAUCCAACAAAGAAGAACCUGAACCAAUGAUCACAGUGCAGGAAAUCCAAAACGCAACAUCUCAGCUAUCAACUUUAUCAACCCCUGCUGAACCAAAAGAUCAGCCUGUUGUUAGUGACGUAAAAGAAAUCCAAAAGGACUCCGGUAAAACAGAAGACAAACAAAGUCCACAACCACCCCAUACUUUAAUACCUACAUCUCCUAAAUUUAGUUUCACUCAAAAAGUGCCUCCAGCUACCAUUCCUUCAUCUUCCAUAAGCCUCCAGGAGGCCAUUCGUCUGAAAACCGCUGCCAUGUCAUCUACAGACAGCCAAGCAAAGCGCCUGAGUUUGCUGCAUUCCCCUCCGGUGUCCACGGGGCCCGCCUCACCAUCAUCCAUGGCAAACUUCAUCUUCUCCAAAAGCACAAAGAAGGUGGUGAUAGAAACAUCUCCUUCUUCUCCAGAGGCCAAAUCAUCGCUAAUGAAGACACUGGUGAAUGAGUUGAAUUCUGUUUCUCACACACCCAAAGCUGCUGCUGAUCCCGGGAUUAUAAAAGCCAAAGUGCCUCCUCCAGUCGCCAAGAAGCCCAGCGCUAAGAGUGAUAACAUUACCCAGAAUUCCUCAGAGAGUAAUGUGGAUACUGAGCAUGUGCAAACUGCUGGUCAGUGAACACAGUCAGAGAAAUAUAGCAGGUGACGGACAGUUCAACGACCGGGACGCUGUUACUCUGGAAACUCAUACACUCUAUUUAAUCCCCGGUGACAUGAUCAGACACGUCCACAAGGGGGAGCUAUUAAUCUACAUGGCUCUCUAAGAGACAAAGGUCACUGUAUGUUGAAGUGAAGGAAGGACAGAAAGUAAGUGAAGAACGAGGGAGAGGAAGAAUAAAGAUAGCGAAUGUGGAUGGAAUUAAUGGGGGAAGAAAAUUGAAGAGAAAAAUGUGGAGGUUGAAAAGAAAAGCCCCCAGUAAAGGGGUGAGGAACAUCUACAGCGAGAAAGUACAGUAUGGACUUGUGAGAAUUCUGUAUAUGUAAAACAAUAGAAAAGCUUUGUUUUUCCACAUAUGGUGUUGGUCUUUCUGACAUAAGAGAAUUUAUGAUGAUGUAAAUAAUUUGCGGUGUACAGUUCUGACUUUCUGCCCAGAACAAAUUGAAACAGGGUCUAUUGACUGGACCUUCCUUAAUUAUGUUUGAUUUUAAUAUAUGAUGUUUCUUUGUGCACUGCUGUCCUGUAUUUUGGGAAUCACUAAAUUAGGAUUUCUAUAAUUUCCUUAAUUUCUGCUGUACUGUUAAAACCAUUUUGUCUAACUUAUUGUUUAGCGAUGCGAUGCUCACUAGCCCUAUAUCUGCUCCAGUCUCCUUUAACUCUCUUUCUUUUGCCUUAUUUUCCUUGUUGUGAUGAUUUAAUAAAUGUUAUAGAUAUAUUUACACAAAGCAGUAUAGCAUGUUUAAAAUGUUGUAGUUAAUAACAGCCAUAUUAUUUAGCCUGAAAUUGCUUUGAUUUAAAGAGCAGUAUGUUAAUUUUUCUCUUUUUUUCCGUUUCAUAAAAGCACCUUAUAAUCACUACUGACUUGCACACACACACUGUAUGAUAACCAGGCGUUUCUUGCAAACGUAAAACAUUAAAGAGUGUCUGAAGCAUG